AUGAAAGACUCUACGACUACUACAACAUUAGCAUCACCAACAAGUCCAACUGCAAAUAAAGAUAAAUCAAUCACAAAUCAUGUUUUUCGUGAUACACGUGCUGAACUUGCACAACUAUUGAAGAAAAAAGAAGAAAUUGAAAAAUCAUUAUCAGAUAUUGAAGAACAAAUUUAUGCAUUUGAAACGAGUUAUCUUAAACAAACACAAGAUACAGGAAAUUGUAUUCGAGGAUGGAACAAUUAUUUGACUAGUGGAAGUGGAAAUAAUAAUUCAAUUGAUAAAUCAUCAAAGUUUCGUGAAUCUGAUCGACUUUUUUCAUAUUCCUCUGCUACAUCCUAUACAUUGCUUGGUCGUGAUCGAUUGAAACGUGAACGAGAAAAAGAACGUCGAAAAAAUAUUCGCAAACAUCGUGAAAUCAUGCAAGAAUUAUCAUCAAAUAAGAAAAACAAUAGUAUAACUUCUGAAAAUAAUACACAAUCAACUCAACCAAUAAAUGAUGAAGGUGAUGAAGAUAUUGAAGAUGAAGAUGAAAGUACAACAAGUAGUGAGAAACCACCAUCACGAUCAAUGACAAAUGCAUCUACAUCAAGUAAAAGAAGAGCAAAAACAAAAAGUCUACGUAAUAAACGAGCUCUAUCCGAUUCAAGUCAACAAUCAGAAUCAUGA